CUCUACAUCAGGAAGAGAGAAUACAUAGAGGGUUGAAUAAGAAACAACUACUAACUAACAGUCUUUUCAUCAAAACAAACAACAGCGAUGAAUCUCGAGCCCCCUAAACCCGAAUUUAAGUCAGCCACCCGAGUGACCGGAGGCCCAGCCACACCACGCAAAGGCCCACCCAAAUUUAAGCAGAGGCAGACUCGCCAGUUUAAGAGCAAACCACCAAAGAAGGGCAUCCAGGGAUUUGGAGACGAUAUUCCUGGAAUGGAAGGUUUAGGCACUGACAUCACAGUCAUCUGCCCUUGGGAGGCCUUCAGCCACUUGGAGCUGCACGAGCUGGCUCAAUACGGCAUCAUCUGAGUUCACCAUCUUCACACCAUCCUCUUCACUUUCCUCUUCCGUUCUGCCUCCAUCCCGGCCAUGGGCUCCUGUGGGUCCAUUUGCACGCACACCUUAUCAUAGAACAAUACAAAAAUGGAAAAAGCAAUGGAAAAAAAAAAAACCAACCAUACAAAAAAAAAACCUUACCUUACUGUCCACCUCAUGGUUUCUUUCUUUUCUGCUCAUCAGUGUGUUUGACUUAUUGUCUGUCAGAUCUUAGAGGUACUCGCUCUCUUCUUUCUCCGUUCCUCUGUGAUCUUUCAUAUCUGUAUCCUCCUUCUUUUCUGGAACAGAACUUCAAACUUAAGCAAGCAAGACAGCCUCAAAGUGAGUAUAAGUGUUGCACCCGUGAAGUGCUCGGCUUCUCAUUUCACGUGUCCCGGCCCCUCUGGUG